AUGUUUAGGUAUCGACAUCUACUAUAUAAGAGCCGACCUAUAAUACUAAAUACAUUAACACAAACGUCUAGCAUACGACUACUAUCGAAAAAGCCGUUUUUUGAAGAAACUUGUUCAUAUCAAGAAAGGUCUAUUCCAGAGAAGAUAUCACAAUACUUUACUGACAUUCUAAUAAAUGAGGGCCAGAAAAUUGCCGAUGAACCAAUCCAUGCAUUUAUUGAACAAGUCCCAAAGUUAUCCGAGGAGUUGAAAAAGUGUCUAGAUCAAGAGAAUAAGUUGUUUACUAUUUUAUCUUAUGAUCCUAUACUCAUUGAUCCAAGAUUAUAUCUACAUUUUAUCAACGAUGAGAUCCCAAAGAAUAUGAAGAGGGUAUAUUUUGAAAGAUUAUUAUAUCAUAGAUGUUACGCUGCUUGUUGGAACCAUUUUUCUGAAAAUUAUGAUACCCUUUCUGAUCUUGAUGAUUUCCUCGAGUUGAUAAACAGUAUACUACUACAGCAAGAUAAUUAUCAGUUUGCCAUUUUGGAUUUCGUACUCAGUCUACCGUUGCAAUUGAAUGAAAAUUUCCAUAACCAAAUUAUUGACUCUCUUGUAUAUACCAUCAAACCUGAGUUUGACACCAGUCAUGUAUUGGAAAUUUGGAAAUUGAUGAAUGAGAUCAACACCAUCGACGAGUUGACUAGUUACCACCAUGGGUUAGAGAAGAGUUUUGAAAAUGAUACCCUAUAUUUGAAGCGACUUAUGGAAUUGUUGAAAUCUGAAGACAACCUCAAACAUCAGACUAUAGUAGAGUAUCUUGUCAAUUUUCAAAACAUUACAUCCCGUUGUGGUUGGAUCAAUCUGAUAUUUCCCCAGUUUGAAUCAUCUACGGUUAUAUCAAAUUUGUAUGCACCAGAAUACAUUUUACCAUUUAUUUCCAGUUUAAACUAUUUGAUUAACCACCAGGCAAAAUUAAAUGAAUUAGAUACCCUGUAUAUACUCCAUGGUGGUGUAAUCAAACCAUAUUCUAUAUUUACUGGCUAUACUAGAACGGUAACGACCCUAAACAAACCAAUUAUCAAUCAUUUAACAAGGGCAUUGUUGAAUAAACCUAAUGAAUUAAUGACUAUUUAUAAACCUACUGCGGUGUUGUUGGACAAAAAUUUGCUCAUAGAAGUCCUUGAUGUACUUCUCCCCUUGCAAGUUGAUGUUUAUGCAUUACUUCGAAUUCAUACUCCAGAGACCCAAGAGAUGGUUCUCGAGUAUUUUUUGAAGAAGUUUACUUGUGAACAAGUGUACAGCAUGAUUAUCCCAUUUAGUAGAACCCGUAUGAUUUCACGAAAGUUAAUCACUUGUCUUACAACACGACACAGUCCAACAGCAGACCAACUUGUUUACUUGGCAUCCAAAAUCACAUCUAAAUAUACCAUAUUAGAGCUUAAUAGAUCUACUUUACUAAGAGCUGGGAUUAUAGAUGAAACAUUCACAACUACAGUGUUUAACUUUCUUAUUAAGACUACCCUUCCUAAAGUCCAGCAAAAUGGUGAUUUCAAUCAACAGUUUCAAUUUUCAAGUGAUAGGAAAAUUUUCCACAACACAAUGCGUGCAUACUGCCAGACAUUAUCAUUGCUUAAUCCAUCACAAUUAAAUGGAAUCAUGUCAAUAAUCUCCAGAUAUAUGGAUAGCAACAGUUUUUACUACACCCAAGACCGUAAGGCAAAGGAGUAUCUUUUAAAGUUACUACAUCGUGAAACUUUUCAAUUUAUUAAAAGAAGACUAUCUCCCAAAGAAUUAGUUUUAUAUGUCAAUUCCCUUGUUGAAUUCAAUAGCAAAAGCAUUUGGUUUAAGCACUGGCUAUUCAAAUCAAUUGUACUUGAGGAUUUUAAACAAUCAUUACAGUUGUUAGAGUUGCCAGCCAUUAAGAAUUAUUUAACCCCUAUUGUGUCAGGGAUCAUUGAUAAUAAGAGUCUAAAAGGGAUAAACAGAUUACUGUUCUUAUUGAUGUUUUUCGAUAAGAUCAAGGAAAAGGGGUUGAAGUAUACGAUGAAGCAACGUGAAUGUUAUCAAUUGGUCAACAUUUGUUUAAAAGAAGAUAAAGGUGAGGAUGUUAAAAGGAUGUUGGUUAAAGUGUUUUCCACUAACGACCGGAAUUUUAAACGAGUUUUAAAAGAAAUAGGUCGAAGUGAUAAAUUCAAUAAGAAGCUACAAUAG